CAACAUCUCUUUCGAAAGCAAAAGGCUUUGAAAUCAGUUGUUCAGAAUCGAUAGAGCAGCCAGCAGCGCACGCAAUAAUUGCAUGUAAAUUAGAUCAAUGGAUUCGUACAACCAGACAAAAGCGUUUAGCGAUGAUGGGUACCAAGUGGCGUACAAGAUGCGCCAACGUGAUCAACUUGUGCGGGACAAGUCCCGACUGCAAGCCGAAUUGGACAGCGUAACGAGACAACUAGGGCGGGACACGUUACGGUUGCGCGAUUUGCAGUAUGCGGCUAAAGCGAGCGUGUUGAACGUGAGUGCUGGACAUGAAUGGAAUUAUCGCAUAACGAAAAAAUCAUUCGUCAAUGAUGUCGAAGCAACUUGUCAAUCGCUAAAAGCAGAUUGCAAUCGGCUCGAAGCUCACCAACUUUACCUUAGGCGAGAAAUUUGCUCAAUGGAACUCCAGAUAACAUCCCUACAUCUUUGACGACAUAUACGGAU